AUUUUAUUGGAUCUCAUUUAUAUGUCAAUAUUUUUGUUAUUAGAAUGAUUUUUUUUUUCUAUCAAAUGCGCAUAAUAUAGUUUUGACAUUAGAAAGCAUACAACUAAUUAAGAAUAUGUUCACUAUAACAAAGUCGUUUGUUAUGGUAGUGCUCCUUUUCAUUUAGUACCUAAAAACUAUAUCAUCGUUAGAGUUAUGGUAUAAUAUUAUUGUCAAUUAUUCAUCAGUCAUAAGUUUAUUACAUUACAUGACAUUAAUAACAAAAACAAUAAUAAUAUAACAACACGUAAUUCAAGUAGUAUAUAUAAAGUACAUCCUUAGAUGGUAAUAACGAUAAUUUAACCCCUUUUUAAAAAAAAAUUUAUAAUUUAACCCCUUUUUAAUAAUCUUUUAAGGGUUUCAUGCCCUUUACUGAUAUUUUUCCCUUUUCCUAUGUAUUCUUAGUUCAAUUCUUAGUAUAUAUAAAGUACAUCCUUAGAUGGUAAUAACGAUAAUUUAACCCCUUUUUAAAAAAAAAUUUAUAAUUUAACCCCUUUUUAAUAAUCUUUUAAGGGUUUCAUGCCCUUUACUGAUAUUUUGCCCUUUUCCUAUGUAUUCUUAGUUCAAUUCUGGGUUAUUUGGAAAUUUUAUUGUCGGGGCGGACAGAGAUUGCUCUCGUAGCCAAACUACCUUUCCUGUCUCUCUCUCCGCCCAUGACCCCAGCCACUUUCCCUCAUGGCGAACUCCAUCUCCAUUUCUCCUCCUCUUCCUCAAACCUGUUUCAAAACCACUUCUGCAACUUCCAAAACCACCUUUCCAUCCCCAAAGCUGGUUUCUCCAAAACUACAUCCGGAAAACCCUCAAAGAGAAAACCCCCCUCGCUUACUAGAAACCAUAUCACUCAUCGACCAAUGCACCACCAUGUCUGAGCUGAAGCAGCUUCACGCCAGGCUCUUCAAAACUGGUUUUUCAGAAAACCGCUUUGCCCAAAACCGCUUAACAGUUAUAUGUACUCGCCCCUGCAUUAACGACAUGGCCUAUGCUCUCCAGCUCCAAAAGCACUCACCCCACAAAAGUGGUUUCAUGGAAAACACCAUUAUCAAAGGUUUCAUAGAAAAUAACAGACCAAAAGAUGCCAUUCUCUUCUAUCUCAGCCUUCACCAGAAUGGCCUUGCACCAAAAAACAAUUACACUUUUCCUCUACUCCUCAAGGCCUGUGCAAGAAUUCUAGCCUUAGAACCAGGGAAACAGAUCCAAACCCAUGUUUUCAAAUUGGGUUUUGCCUCUGAUUUACACAUAAACAACACUCUGAUACACUUUUAUUCAACUUGUGGGUACUUGGACUUGGCACAAAAGGUAUUUGAUAGAAUGUUGGAGAGAGAAACUGUGACAUGGAAUGCUAUGAUCAAUGGUUAUGCUCAAAAUGGGUUAGCUGAAGAGGCCCUCGAGCUCUUUCGAGCCAUGCAAGCUGAAGCUCAACCUGAUAGCAUAACUGUGAUAGCUGCUCUCUCUGCUUGUGCCCAUGCUGGUGCUUUAGAGCUUGGAAAAUGGAUCCAUGCAUAUAUAGAUAAGCACAAGAUAGAGAGAGAAGUGGCUGUAGCCACUGCUCUAAUAGACAUGUAUUCAAAAUGUGGGUGCAUCGAGAGAGGUUUCGAAGUGUUUGAUGCCACCCCAUUAAAGAAUGCCGUGUGUUACACCGCCAUGAUCAAUGGGUUGGCCAUCAAUGGCCAUGGAGAGAGAGCAAUUUCACUCUUCCACCAAAUGCUUGAGAGAGAAAUCAGGACUGAUGAUAUAACACUCAUAAGCGUGCUAUGUGCUUGUAGCCACAGCGGGUUAGUAGAGGAGGGGCUUCGCCUUUUUCGCGAGCUUAGGGAGAGGUUUGGGGUGGAGCCACAAAUGGAGCACUAUGGGUGCAUAGUCGAUCUAUUGGGUCGAGCUGGUUGGCUUGAUGAGGCCUAUGAGCUCAUAAAAAACAUGCCAUUCAAGCCCAAUGUGGUGUUAUGGCGCACCUUGUUAGGCUCUUGCAAGGUUCAUAAGAACCUUGAGUUAGGUCAAUUGGUGAUGAGAAAGAUAUUAAAAUUGGAACCUUGGCACCAUGGCGAUUAUGUUCUCUUAUCGAACAUAUAUGCAUCAGCCCAAAGGUGGGUGGAUGUAGUUAGGGUGAGAAAGUUGAUGAAGCUUGAAGGCAUAACGAAAGUACCAGGGUGCAGUAUGAUAGAGUUGAGAGGGAGGAUUUACUCAUUUACUGUCAAGGACAAGAGGCACCAACACUCUGCCGAGGUUUACGAGAUGUUAGAGGAGAUGGCUGAGAGGCUGAGGGCGGCGGGUCAUCUUCCUAAGGUCUCUGAGGUUUUGAUGGAUGUGGAGGAGGAAGAGAGGGAAAGUAUGUUAAGCCACCAUAGUGAGAAGGUGGCCAUUGCAUUUGGCCUCAUUAAUACAGAUCCAGGGACUCUGCUUCGGAUAGUGAAGAACCUUCGGGUUUGUGAGGAUUGUCACUCAGCUGUGAAGUUAAUCUCAAAGAUUUAUGCCCGUGAGAUUAUAGUAAGAGAUCGGAAUCGGUUCCACCAUUUUCGACAAGGGAAUUGCUCCUGCGGGGAUUACUGGUGAGAGAAGAGAGAGCAAGGAACGAAAUUUUGGCAAAAAAGUAAAUUGUGAAGAGCAUGUCGAGUAAUACUUCAGUGCUAAUGAGUCAUCCUUCCAUAAUCGAUGGUUUUAGCUUCAAAAACUCACAAUCAUCUGACCUUCACGACUGCAUCUGAGAAUCUGUAGAGAGAGAAAAAAAAGAAGGAAAUCCGGGCCUGUAAAAGAUAAUUGAAAUGUUGUUGGAGCUCGAAAUUCACAUAUUUGAUGCAGAAAUAAAUUUUGCAGUGAUUUGUAAUGUGUUUUGGAUCCUAAAUCCUGGAAAAUUAAGGCGGAUGCAUGCACUGUGAAUUUAAUUUUUUUUGUUAUGAAACGAUGUAAAGUACUUUGAAUAAAGUUUAAUGUAUUCAUUCAUGUUAUGAAUGAUUGUAAUAAAGAUUGUAUACUAUAAG